UAGGAUGGUGUCCCCUGCUAUCGCUCUGGCCUUCAUUCCCCUCCUGCUGACAAUUCUCAUCAGGUGCCGCUUCUACUUUGUGCUGUUCUAUCGGGCGGUGCUGGUCAGGAUAUACAGGGACUGUGUUACUGGCCUGAGCCGUGAGGAGCGUGCCUACCAGUACGUUCUCACCCACGCCACACCCGGAGACCCCGACAGCAUCCUGGACGCCUUCGAUGUCUGGUGCAGCAAGGUGGAGUUCAUCAGCAACAUUGGGCCUAAAAAAGGGAAGAUCCUGGACCGGAUGCUGAUGGAGCAUAGCCCUCUGACAGUGCUGGAGCUGGGAGCCCACGUCGGGUACAGCACCGUGCGGAUCGCCCGGUCUCUGCCACUGGGCGCCAGGCUCUACAGCCUCGAGAUGGACCAGAGGAAUGCUACUAUCGCUGAGAAAAUCAUCCGCCUGGCAGGGUUUGACGAUGACACGGUGGAGCUCAUCGUAAAUCCAUCUGAUGAGGUGAUCCCUCGGCUGCGGUCUGACUAUGGUCUGGAGAGGCUGGAUUUUGUCUUCAUGGACCACUGGAAGAAAUGCUACCUCCCUGAUCUGCAGAUGCUGGAGGGCUCUGGUCUGCUGGGUAAAGGGUCUAUGAUCGUGGCCGACAACGUGCUGUUCCCCGGGGCUCCGAAGUUCCUCAGAUACAUCCGCAAGUGCGGCCUGUAUGAGUGGAAGAUCCACCGGGCCACACUGGAGUACAGCAAAGGCAUCAGGGACGGGAUGGCUGAGCUGGUGUAUAUGGGAAUCAAGUAGCCUGGGAUAUCACAACACUAUCAGUCAGAUAGACAGUUUUAAAGUGGCAAAGUAUACCCCAUAUUAAAACUAAUUCUAAAGAAAAUUGUGAUAGAAAAGAUAAAUUCUUUCCCUAAAAACUUACAUUCACCUGAAAAUUGUAGCAUGUCAGUAUCUAGUUUUUCAGAGUUGCAUUAUAUCUCACUUCCAAAUACCUCAGAGCCCUCUCCUGGGUAAAAAAAGACAAUUAUCAGGAAAGAAAUUGCCAUGCACCCAUUUAGUAACCCUAUGUGCACAACACUUGUCUUUAUAUGGAAAUAAAAGCCACCUUUUUUAUUCCUGCUGGGGAUGUUUGUCACUUGUCAUUCUCCUCUGUCACCUAACUAAUAAAAGCAGAAAUGUCAGAAAAAAUGUUGUCAAAAAUAGCUUGUUUAUUAAACAAAUUAAAAUUAAAGAACAAAUUCAUUAAAUAUUCAAAUUAAACUCAAGGACAUGUCAUUUUUGGUGAGUUUAUAAUGAAUAUCCUUUAUGUACAAGUUUAAUUAUGAAGAACA